AUGGCGACCAAAUUUACUAAAUUUCCAGAAUUGCCAUUAGAGCUACAACGCAAGAUCUGGAGGUUUUGUGUCAUGGAAGAUCGUGUAAUGGAGCUGGACUGCCCAGAUGCGGAUAACAUGAGUACAAAAUGUAUCAUGAAAUCGACAUCCCAUGCAAACGCACAACAGCCAGCAUACAGUCUAGUAUGUCACGAGGCGCGAGAUGCCGCAUUUCAAGAUGGUGGACACUUAUGGAACCUAUACAAGUUGUGGAAAGCAAAAGGAUUCGAUCAGAAACCAGAUUGGGAGGACCCAUGCCUGCUCCAGAAUCCGUGGUUUAAUCCCGGAAAAGAUAUCCUGCAUCUCAAUUGGAGACCGGGUCACGCGGAGGGCUGGGGUAUAUCCAGUGAUGAUAGUCCUCAUCGAACUCUCAUUGCGUAUGCCAAAACCGCUCGAGGAGGCUCGUUCAUGGCAGAUCUUGUGGCAGAUUUCAUCAAGCCAGCGGUGGGCAUGGAGGGCAUACGGAUUUGUGCUCGACCUUCGAUAGGAGAAAUCAAGCGCAACUUUCCACUCAUCGAGCAAAUGAACGGCUUCAAAGUCUGUCUCACGGUCAUUACCAUUCAUGCCACCGCCAAACAGGUUGUUGACGCUCAGCUGUUUGGGAGCUCGGCGGCACCGGUCCAACUUGUCGAAACCUCGGACCGAGAGACCAUUCGUUGUAUGUACAAACUGUGGCUUACUACUUUUCUUGACGAUGCUAAAUUAAAGGACCCUGAGCCUGAGAAAAUAUUUGAAGAAAUGAUUUUCACCCCCGAUGACUUCGAGGCUCGUGUCUGCAAAUGGCAUGAGGAGUAUGAAUGUAAUUGGCUCUGGUACAAAUGGACCGAAAAAUAUCGCCAUGGGACUUUGAAUAGUAUUGAUUCACCUCGAGAUGUCUGGACUGGGCCAGACUUCAACCGUAUAGGACGACUAAAUACGGGCCUUGAUCCGGGUGCUAUAUGGAUGCCAGACCAAGACUUCAACAGGGCGCACCCGUGGGUUCGAUCUAUACUCGACGAGAUGCCUCGUUUUCAUCCUGUCAUAAUGUUCAGAUUCUGUGAAGCCAAGUGCUACGAUCGACCGCCAUAUGCUCCCCCAAUGGAGGUUCACCAGAUUGCGCACUUGCCGCCAAUAAUUUUUAUAGAUUAA